GUCUUUAUCUCUUUGUUUUUUUCCUUUUUUCUUUUUGUUUAUUAGAGACAUAGACAGAAUAUGACGACAGAUAGAAAUUAUUCUGUAGAGACAGAGAUAUAUUCAUUCCGAGACCCAUCCAGCUUUAAGACCAGUCUUCAGACAAACAAUUCCACUCAACAAGACAGUCAUGAAAAAGGCCAUUUUACAGUAAGACAUAUAUGCAUGUGUGUGUGUGUGUGUUUGUCAACUGAAUUGACUUGAUAUGUUAAAGUUUCGCUCUGUUGUUUGUGGACUUAUGAUUGGCACAUUAAUGUGUUUCUCCAACAUGUAUUUUGGACUUCAGACUGGUUGGAUAUCCAUGAUGUCGCUUCAAUCAUCUCUUCUGGGGUUUGCGAUAUUCAAGCCAUUUCAACCUAUGCUGAGACACACAUUUGGACCGAUAGAAAAUGUGGUAUUACAAACAACUGCGGUAGCCACUGCAACCAUGCCUCUGGCAGCUGGAUUUGUUGGUGUUAUUCCUGCUAUGGAACUAAUGACAAAAAGUGAUCACCCUACAGGACCAGUGAUAUUGAGUGGUCAACAAUUGAUUCUUUGGUCACUUGCAGUGGCCUUUUUCGGUGUAUUCUUUGCUAUCCCUUUAAGAAAACAAACUAUCAUUCGAGAAAAGCUUAAGUUUCCUUCAGGAACAGCCACUGCGCAAAUGAUCAGCUUACUUCAUCAAAUACCAGAUCCUACGACCCUUGUCUCCCAUUCGAAUAGUGUACGCAAAAGAAAGAGACCUGAAUAUCAACCCUUGAUCCAAAAGACACAGACACACUAUGCCACUGUACCCCAACAAAAUCAAGCUUCUUUUGAAUACAGUUGGUCACUCAAGCUACAUGGUCUCAUUGCCUCUUUUACAGCAUCUUCCAUCUACACUUUGUUGUCUUACUUUGUACCUGCCAUUAAUGUUUUACCUGUCUUUAACUGGCUUACUUUUGGCUAUGUAGAUAUGCGGGCAUGGGAAUGGUAUUUUACACCUAGCUUUAGUUAUAUUGGACAAGGUAUCAUUAUGGGAUUGCCUACAACACUCUCCAUGCUCUUAGGGUGUGUGGUUGGCUGGGGCAUAUUGUCGCCUAUGGCUUAUUAUGCUGGUUGGGCACCUGGACCCGUGGAUGACUGGAAGACAGGAUCCAAGGGCUGGAUUUUGUGGAUUUCUCUUGGUGUGAUGAUUGCUGAAUCAUGCAUUUCUCUAUUGAUUGUGCUUGUCAAAACCAUUGUUAAAGGAGUCAACCAACACAUACGCUAUCAGGAUCAUGAAUCUAAUACAACAGAGACAGAAGAAGAAGAAGAGAAAAAUGAUGCACCUCCACAUCAACAGGUCCCACACUGGGUGACAGUGGUUGGCUUAAUUGCCUCUACCCUGAGUUGUAUCUAUCUUGUGCGGUUUGUGUUUGGACCUGAUGUGUUACCAUUGAGUAUGUCUUUAUUGGCUGUCUUUGUAGCCAUGUUCCUCAGUAUUCUUGGCGUACGUGCCUUGGGUGAAACAGAUUUGAAUCCUGUGAGUGGUAUUGGUAAGAUCAGUCAAGUGCUCUUUGCCGGUGUGAUGCCAGGUGGUAUUUUAGCCAAUUUGAUUGCGGGUGGUAUUGCUGAAGCAGGUGCACAACAAGCAGGCGAUUUGAUGCAAGAUCUCAAGACAGGUCAUUUACUGAAAGCAUCGCCUAAAGCGCAAUUCUAUGGCCAAAUGAUUGGAUCCUUUGCCAGUGUCUUUAUUGCUUCAGGUGCUUAUAUGCUUUAUAGAACAGUCUAUAGUAUUCCUGGGCCUGAAUUUCCUGUACCUACAGCCCAAGUAUGGCUUGACAUGUCUCGACUUGUCAAUGGUCAUCCUCUUCCUCCCCAUGUCUCUGAAUUUGUUUAUGCCUUUGCUAUCUUAUUUACGCUGCUUGUCUUGAUCAAAGAACUCUCUCCUACCAACCAGCGCUGGACACAAUGGAUUCCUCAAGGGAUUGCGUUUGCUAUUGGCAUGUACAAUCCACCCAAUUUUACCUUGGCCCGUGUGAUAGGUGGUAUUACAGUGCAUUACUGGAACCAGUAUUGUGAUCGCUCGAUAGACAAGCAUGAACCCUCUUUAUGGAUAGAACCCUAUCGAUCCAUUGGUGGCAAAGUCUUUAUGAUUGUUGUUGCUAGUGGAUUUGUGCUAGGAGAAGGCACAUUUGCUAUAGUGAAUAUGACUAUGCGAGCCUGCAAUGUGCCUCAUUUUUAAAAAAAAAAAAAAGUGUAUAUUUUAGUAUUU